AAGGAACCACAGUGGGCAUGGCAUCAGGAGUCCCUUUGUGCCUCAUUGAGAAUGUGAAAGGACAACUGAUAGCCAAUCAGAAGGCUCUGGAGAUCCUGACAACCAUCACACAGCCAGUGGUUGUGGUGGCAAUCAUGGGCCUCUACCGCACAGGCAAAUCCUACCUGAUGAACAGGCUGGCUGGGAAGAGAACAGGAUUCUCUCUGGGCUCCACUGUGCAGUCUCAGACUAAGGGGAUCUGGAUGUGGUGUGUGCCUCAUCCCCAGAAGCCUGACCACACCUUAGUUCUGCUUGACACCGAGGGCCUGGGAGAUGUGGAGAAAGGUGACAACCAGAAUGACUGCUGGAUCUUUGCCCUGGCUAUUCUUCUAAGUAGCACUUUUGUGUACAACAGUAUGGGAGUCAUCAACCAGCAGGCCAUGGACCAGCUGCACUAUGUGGCAGAGCUUACAGAUAGGAUCCGAGUAAAAUCCUCACCUGACCACAGUGAUGGGGUUGAAGACUCAGCUGAAUUUGUGAGCUUCUUCCCUGACUUUGUGUGGACUCUGAGGGAUGUGACACUAAGACUUGAAGCAGAUGGACAAAGCCUCACAGCAGACGAGUAUCUGGAGAAUUCCUUGAAGCUCAAGAAAGGUAGCAGUGAAGAAGAUAAAAAUUACAACCUGCCUCGGCUCUGUAUUCGAAAGUUCUUCCCCAAGAGGAAAUGUUUUGUCUUCUAUCCACCUGCUCAGUGGAAGAAGCUCUCUGAGCUAGAGUGCCUGCAUGAUGAUGAGCUGGAUUCUGACUUUGUGAAACAGGCAGAAGAUUUCUGUUCCUUCAUCUUCAGCUCUUCUAAAGCUAAAACUCUGCCAGGAGGCAUCAAGGUCAAUGGAGCUCGACUGGGAAUUCUAGUGCAGACCUACGUGGAUGCCAUUGGCAGUGGGACUGUUCCUUGUCUGGAGAAUGCAGUGACAACCCUGGCCAUGUGUACAAACUCAGCAGCUGUGCAGAAGGCAGCUGACCACUACAGUGAGCAGAUGUGCCAGCAACUGAGGCUUCCCACAGACAUGCUCCAGGAGCUGCUGGAUGUGCAUGCAGCCUGUGAGAAGGAAGCCUUAGCUGUCUUCAUGGAGCACUCCUUCAGGGAUGACCAGCUGGAGUUUCAGGAGCAGCUCAUGGUCACCAUAGAAGAAAGGGAGGAAACUUUCAUGCGACAGAAUGAAGCAGCAUCUCUCAGUCACUGCGAAGCUGAACUGGACAAGCUCUCAGAGUCCCUGAGGGAGAGCAUCUCAUGUGGGGCUUUCUCUGUCCCUGGGGGCCACAGUCUUUACCUAGAGGCCAGGAAGAAGGUUGAGCAGGACUAUGAUCGAGUGCCCAGGAAGGGAGUGAAGGCAAGUGGGGUCUUCCAGAACUUCCUGAAGUCACAGAUCACUGUGGAAGAGUCCAUCUUGAAGUCAGAUAAAGCCCUCACUGAAAGUCAGAAAGUUCUGGAAGCCGAGAAGGCCAAGAAAGAGGCGGCUGAGAAGGAACUGGCGGUGAUUAGACAGCAACAAAAGGAGAAUGAGGAAAAGAUGGAAGCUCUAAAGAUAAGCAUCUCAGAAACCAUGGCCCAGAUAAAGGAGAAGAUGGAGAUAGAAAUGGAGAACCUUCUGAGAGAUCAAGAGAGGGUUCUGGACCUGAAGAUGAAGGCACUAGAAAAACUAGUUCAUGAAGGACUUGAGGAGCAGUGUGAUGACUUGAAAAAGGAAAUAAAACGAAUAGAAGAAAAUAUCAAAGCCAUGAAAGAGAAGUCUUCUCUGAAGUUGGAGUUCCUUAAUGGAACUCAAGAUUUUUGCCAUGAACUACUAUUGAACGUAUUCAGCUCAGAGAUUAAAAGGGCACUGAGGAAAAUGUGAUGUAAGCCAGUAAGCAGGACUCCUCCACGGCCUCAGCAUCAGUUCCUGCCUCCAGAUUCCUGCUGUCAGUUUCUGCCCUGAUGUUCCUCAUUAAUGGAGUACAGCCCAAGAGUUACAGCAUGAAAUAAACUGUUUCCUCCUUA